AUGUCUUUUCAAAUGAUCAAAUUUCCACAAAGAUUCUAUUCGAUAUUUGGCCGUUAUAGUUCAGUAGCGAUAAGGUCUUUCGCGACCACAACUGGUAGUAUAAAUUUUUCACUGAACGAAGUUCAGAAAGAGUUUCAAGAGCUUGCGCGUAAUUUCUCUCAUGAAGUGAUCGCUCCAAACGCUGCUCAUUAUGACAAAACCGGAGAGUUUCCUACUGAGAUUAUAAAAAAAGCUUGGGAACUUGGUUUAGUAAACACACAUAUUCCCCAAGAAUAUGGUGGAAUCGGCCUUGGUGUGCUUGAUUCUAGUCUAAUCUCUGAAGAAAUAGCUUGGGGCUGCACUGGCAUUCAAACAGCGAUUGAGGCAAAUGGUCUCGCAGAAGCACCGUUACUCAUCGCAGGAAAUAAAGAACAAAAUAAAAAAUAUUUAGGCCGCAUGACCGAGGAACCAUUAAUGGCCGCAUAUUGUGUUACUGAGCCGGGCGCAGGUUCUGACGUUGCUGGAAUUUCAACAAGGGCGGAAAAGAAAGGCGAUAAGUGGGUCAUUAAUGGUCAAAAAAUGUGGAUUACCAAUGGAGGAAAGGCCAAUUGGUAUUUCGUUUUGGCACGUACUGAUCCUAACGCUAAACCUGGUUCUGCAUUUACGGGAUUUAUUGUGGACGCGAACACGCCAGGAAUUACUGUCGGUAGAAAAGAAAUUAAUAUGGGACAACGCGCUAGUGAUACACGAGGUAUCUCAUUUGAAAAUGUUGUUGUACCCGAAGAGAACGUAAUAGGUACGGCUGGUAAAGGGUUCAAAAUUGCCAUGGCAGCAUUUGAUAUUACUCGUCCCUUAAUUGCCGCCGCUGCUGUAGGAUUGGCGCGUCGUGCACUGGAGGAAGCUACUAGAUAUUCUCUUGAGAGACGAACUAUGGGUAAACCAAUUUUUGAACAUCAAAGUAUAGCAUUUAUACUUGCCGAUAUAGCAAUAGGUAUUGAAUCGGCUCGAAAUAUGAGAAUUCUUAAUGUACAUCAAUCUAACGCGAGCACGUUUCAACAGGCGAGUUGGCUACACGAUCAAGGCGAGAAGAACACAUUUUACGCCUCUAUCGCUAAAGCACUUGCGUCUGAUGUAGCUGUAAACUCGGCUAAUAUGGCUGUACAAGUUUUUGGUGGUAAUGGCUUUAAUACAGAAUAUCCGGUUGAAAAAUUAUAUCGAGAUUCUAAGAUAUUUCAGAUUUAUGAGGGAACAUCACAAAUUCAAAGGCUCAUAAUUUCUAGACAUUUGGCUGACAAUGUAGCCAAUAUGUAA